UAGGCAUGACGUCACUCAGGAAGUUCCGGCGAGUGACCGCGCAGUCACCUGACGUGGCGCUUGCGGUCUCGAUGGAAAUUUUGAUUUCUCUCUCCACAGGUGACAGUGAAAACAGGUAGAUCACGUGCUUGAGCUCACUGGGCGCAGUAAAUACAGAAUGAUUUCACACCUGUGCUAAAGCCUCAGCGAUGACGAUGCCAGGAGAGCUGGAACAUGGUCUCACACCUGUGUGUUUGCCCUCACAGACUGCCAUCUCUCUGCGGGUUUCCAAUGUCUUGGCACAGUCUCUACAUCAGGUGGUUGCUGCAGCUCGGUGCCGUCACUGUUUUCUGUGAAAUUUUCGGUGAAAAGUCUCAGUCGGUGACACAGCAAGGACCUAUGACGAGCGGCUGCCACCCUUGCCUGUCGCGUUGCCUGGAGACGGAAGAAUCGGAAAUCUUCGGCAAGCUACAGGAUGAGUUCCAAGAAAUUACCGACGCCACCCGAGCACGAGCUAGGGUAGCUCCCAUCACAGACAUCAGAUACAUUCGAAUUCCUCUCCCGUGGCGCUUUUGGUAAAGUGUAUCUCGUAUCGGACAAGCAGACGGGACAGUUUUUUGCCAUGAAAGAAAUCAUCAAGAAGGGGAUAUACAUGUUGAGGGAGCAAAAUGUUGAAAAGGAACACAUAGUCAUGAUCAAGGUGCAGUGUCCUUGGACUGUGGAAUUUCUCAACCUUUAUGAAUCCCCGUUCAAACAGUGCAUACUGAUGGAGUUUAUUCCGGGACGAAAUCUGCUGGAAGAACUUGUCGUGAAGAAAAGUCUGACAGUCAAACAGAUUCGUGUGUAUGCCGCCGAGAUGCUGGCUUGCAUCUUUAGUGUGCACAGACACGGCUACAUCCACAGCGACAUCAAGCUCACCAACUUCAUGCUCGACUCGUACAACCACAUAAAAUGUGCGACUUCGGGCUCUGCGUCAAGUUUCUUCUACCUCAUCCAGUGUCUUGAGCUUUAUCCUCCUCACCUCAACUUCUGGGAGGUACCCGACACCAGUGUCCUGGCUCAGUGGCACGAGAUUAAGGACACACACGUGCAAAUGUUCAGCAUCCCGCACGGCACCUCGUACUACUGCGCCCCGGAAGUCAUCAAGUUUACCUACAAAAACUGGUCCAUGUACGGCAACAACGGCUUCACCUUCACCUGCGACUUCUGGUCCUACGGCGUCUGCCUCUACUACCUUCUGUUCGGCCACCUGCCAUUUUAUUCCCGGGAUAAGCUCCAGAUCCCUCGCUUGAUCAUCUACUGGGAGCAGACGCUGAACCUCAAGAGCAAGCGCUUCAUUCCUGACUCCGGCCUUGACCUCAUCAAGAAGCUCAUUUGUGACGAGAGGUCGCGACUUGGAGCUAACGGCUUUCAUGAAAUCGCAUGCCACAGUUUCUUCGACAACAUCCGCUGGGAGGGCCUAGGUUAUCGUAGGAAUCCCACAGAGAUCCCUGGACCUGACACACCUUGCAUGGAUGGUAGCUGUCGGAAAGGGGCACGUGACUCCAUAGAGAGUGUGGGAAAGGUCAAGCAGCAACAGGAAGAGGAGAUGGCCUCCACCCUCACAGAAAAAGAAAUGAACCACGAGAGACGUGAGGUCAUUGGAGUGAUGUCCAUUGGCCUUAUCACCUUCACAUUGUGUUUGUGUGUAAAGCGCCGUGAGCUUGCCUGUAGAGGUAAGGCGCUAGAAAAGUCAACUUUAUUUAUUAUUAAUACCCGCUCACCCUCAACGACCUAAGAAAGUUUUUUUUUUUUUGCCUUGAUCUUACCCAUUCCUUAACACAGCUUAUAAAAGAUUGUUGAUGUGCAUUGGAUUACAUUCUGAAUAAUAAAUUUUUUUACUAUACUAUGUUUUGUAUGCUUUCUUUCCUAUUAAAAAAAGAAAAAAAAACAGAUCAGAAGAUCGAGAAGAAUUUUUUAAUAUCAAGAAAGUCUGAAAGGGAAUACAAUUGACGAGUGGGCACCGGAUCAAGCAGGGACCAGAGAAAUUGCAGAAUACAUUAUGAAAACAUGUCACCGUCGUUUCGACUGCCGCUAUUUUAAGGGAAAACCACAAGUUGAGAGAGAAUGUUAAUAAUACUUUAGAAGAGGAUAUGGGAGGGUUUUGAAAUGAGAUUACAGAUGAGAUGACGGUCACACUCAUCAAGCCCGCGGUC